CGCUAUGGUGACGCGGGACGCGGCCCGGCCCCGCAAUGGCCUCCUACAGGCUGGGGGUCCGCAUCGGGAACUGGCUGGAGGAGGAGUACGCGCAGCAGGAUCUCCUGAGGGAUUUUAUCCGUAAGAGAGAGCAAGGACAACUUUUAGUACAGAGAUUAGCCAGACUUCAAGAGAAUAUUUUCAAGAGGGUAGAGCUGUCAGUAUCUUCUGAUGGAUUUGUUCACUUUGGAGACACCGUGUUGCUCAUGAACCCAGACAGCAAAUCCUCAGAUUUGCAAGGGACCUCGGAGGAAAGGGACCCCGAAAUGUGUGGGGAUGUGACUCUGGCUGUUGACAUGGAAGAGGUGUCCCUGUACUCAGACGAACCCCUGCAGAUCUCACGUGGACUUAGUGCGGUCAAGAGCGUGGACCCCAUGGGUCGAAAUGCUUUCUGUAUUGUAAGUGUUGAUGGAAGUGCAAUGGGUGAACCACUUCGAUAUGGGCAAAACUUUGUUCUUGGGACAAAAGGAGGGAUUUCUGACAAACUGUUUUAUCUAGCAAGUGACCACAAAACAUUUAAAGAUUUUGCUAAAAAAUCUCGCCUUCAGAAAGUAUUUUUGACAGCUGAGCUUUCCUAUUUGACUUUCUGGCAAGCUAAGUCCUUGGAUCCACAAUUGCGUCUUGAACAUGAAGGAUUUCCAGUUCCUUCAGAAACUAAAAUUAUUAUUACUCAUUGCUACACCAAUCGCAACUUAGCCGUUCCAAGGACCUUUUGUGUGUGGUCUCAUUUUGGAAGAGAAUUCGAAGUAAUUUGUCACAAUUAUCUGGACUCCCACAGAGUUGAAGAAGAUAAGAAUUACUGGGAGAUAAUUACAAGAAAUCCUGGUCCUGAAGAUGGUACAAUGCUUGAAAGACACAAAGCUUUUCCUGAAGGGUAUAAGAAUGAAUGAGUUUGAUGAAGAGACAGAGAAUAUAAAAGCACAAGACUACAGCCAGGAGAGGUUGAUGAGACACUGAUUCUUGUUUCUUUCUGUUUAGAUUUGAGAGAUGUUUAUUUUAAAAAUGGAAAUGAAAGUUUGCUUUUAGUAAUAUUGCAUAAUCUCAUUAACUCAUCAAGGUUAUAAUGGGCAAAAAAACCUCUUAAAAUUUGAUGAGCAACACAUCAAAAAUUGUAAGUCAGGACAGGCUCCUUUUUCUAUUUUCACCUUCAGUGAUGACAAAAGUUGUCAGAACCCAGGAAACAUAAUAGAUUUUUAUUAAGUUACUGGCUCUCAGAGUAUAUUUAACCAAUUCUUCUAAAGCCAAACCAGUGUCACAAUUUUUAAAAGGGUGAGUGGACAGUUUCCAAAACACUGAAAACCAAACACAUGCAAAAUUAUCAUGGGAUGCUUUGACAUUUAAAGUUCAUCUGAAAGAAAGUUGGUUGUUGAGCUUGUUCCACCCUCCAUCUAUCAUAACACUGCCAACUAUUAAAUCACAAGUGAAGGGUUUUUAUCUUGAAAUUAUCUUCUAAUUCAUAGAUAUAAAUUGAGGUUUUUUAUGUUUGUCCAUGUAUCCUGAACACUUUGAUAUCAAGUAAUCAAGAACUUGAGCUCAGUGAUACAGACAAGAGACUUACAACAGCCUUUUCCAUCCAUCACCAUGUUUCAUUGGUCUCUCACCCACAGCAUUUUCCAAUCCUUAGUCAUUUAUAACGAGUUUGAGAGUAAGGCAAAGUUGUCAGAGAAAACUGAACACCCACCCAAGUUUCAUGAAAGUAAAUGCCAAAGCAGAAAAUAAAUAUGACAUGUUUAAAGUUUAUCCAGUAAUUGAAAGAUUGUAGUCUAUGUUUCUACCUAAUUAGAUAACAGAGUAUCCACAUUAAAAAAAAAAAGAAAAAAAAAAAAAAGUAUUUGAGAGUAGAAAUUCCUGCUGAAACUCACAUUUUCUUGAAAACAAAAUCAACCAAUUAUAAAAUGCAAAGACUUGGAAAAUAGAUGUCAUUACUGCAUAGAGUUAUCUGUCUUUAUAUUGAAGCUGAAAAAGCAUCACAGAGAAUCUUCUACUGUAUGGGAUUCCAUUAUAUCCAUUUAGUUAAAUAUAUAUUUAUUUCAUCUCCUACUGUACCACAAGAGCAGCUCUUUCUCCACAAAGUAAAUGACUACCCAAGCAAAAUACUACACCAGUCUCCGUUCAUAAAAGAUUCCAAAGAUCUCCAGUGAUUAUAAAGAUCAAUUAAAUCUUUCUAAGUUUUCCGAAACAAACCCACUGAACUUUCACAAAAGAAGGGAUUGGUCCGAACAUAUCUUUAAGUUCUAUUCCCAAACAAUCUGUUUGAAGCCCACAGGCAAGGCUUACGAAGUUUUACCUUUAUUCAAUAUAAGUUAAGUCAGCAGACUGCAGCAUCAGCUAACUGGCAUUUGGCAUACAGGAUCUCAGAGCAGCAGGCAGAUCAUGCUGCUGUGACACACAGGUUUGCUUUGAGGGACUGUACUGCAGAGGACAGAUUUAGAAUUACACUCCUUGUGUGCAAACCUUUAUAGACCUAUUAUAGACGGGCUGUUAUAGAGGAAAUUAUCUUUGGGGACUUCUUUCACGUUUUCCUUUCAUUUUCUAUGUAGGGAUAAUUAGCAUGAUGUCUGAUGAUUUUCUAGAGGGUCUGUUAAUAGUCCAAAAUUCAGUGGUUAAAAUUUGCAUAUUUUCACAAUGGAUUGACAUAAAUCUGCUUAUAUUUUGUAGAUAUUAAGGUUUAGUAGAUAAAGGUUUGUAGAUAUUUAAGUUUAGUGAGACUUAAACUGCAUGAAUGCACUGUAGUGUUUCUAACUUGGCCAUUGUGGACUUUUACUGGUAUUAGAUGCAGCUAUUUCAACUCUAAGUCUCUUAAUUCUGAGUCAAAUAUAGGAAACAAGAAGAAGCCUUAAAUCAAAACCAUUUCUGAAACAAAGCUUCAUGUGAACUCGUGCAGGAAUGAGGACUGUGUGGGCAGAGUGCCUGGGCUCGCUGAUGUUUGGGUAGGAGUGUUUGUGUGUCCUUUUGAGUGGAAGGAAAGCAAUGCAUGCUGUACAAAAACAAGUUUUGCAAAGACUUAGAGGAAAAACAAAGAGAUAAACAGAUACAGAAAUGAGUACAAAAGCAGGUAGUGUUAGAAUUGGGUGCUGAUUAAAAGUAGCUUGCAGACUUGGGUGUUUUGAUCGCUCUGCUCAUUGAAAAGGAUUUCUUGAGCUGAAAAUAAACAGGAUUGAAUCAAUAUUCCUGAUUCUACUAGCAGUGUUAAGCCCACAGGUUUGUGCAGAGCUCUUAUAUCACAUUGUACAUAUUUAUAAUUAAUCUAAUUCACAAUAACAAAUACAGAUACUUAACUGUAUUUGGUUUGUUUUUUUUUUUAAAGCUGUUCUUUUGUACUUCUUGAUAUUGACCACACGAUGGAAGCACAUUUCUAAACAGCACAAUUCCUGCCGUGUCUGUAAAACAGCCUGAGGUGUUUAAAUCCAAAUGAGUCCCUGAUACAAUGCCACAGAAGGAAACCAAGUUAAAACAGGCUUGAAUUCUAGGCUAGGAUAUGUCAUCAAUGUUACAUCAUGAUUUUGGGAAAUAAAGUUAAGCAGAAAGGUAGACAGAGCAACGCAGGACAUUGGGUAUUGCAUACAAUGAUCUUCUUUAUAUUCAUUAGAACAUUAAGUAACUGGUAACCAAAGCAUAAUUAGAGGAAAUUAGGAGCUUUUUCUUUCACUUUCUAUGUAAAGAUAUGAAACGUGAUAUGUGACAAGCAAUGCUUAUUUUUAUAGGGGUACUUUUACUGCUUUUGCCAAUUUACAGAAAUUAAAAUUACGCCCAUUUUCACAACAGAUUGACAUAAUUCUGCAGAUACUAAACUAGGAAAAUAUCAGGCUGUGUAGAUUGCACUGUAGGGUUUGUAAUUUAUCCAUUUGUUAAUAAACACAGGAUUUAAUAAAAAAGUUAUGGGAUUGAAUAUUAGUGGAGAAUAUGAACAAUCCUGCUAUUGCCAGUUAGAGUGACAACAUUUCUGGUGGAUAAGGCAAUGGAGACCUGAACCACACCCCAGACCUGACCACUAUGUUGCUUUUUCUUGUCCUAAUACUGCAUAUCAUGAAAUAUGGGCAGUGAUGCCUCCCUCCUUUGCAAUGCACUUUGCUUUUUGUUGGUGUAUGCGACAGUCAUGUAUUAAAAAAAGCUUUCAAUGCUUCUUCCAAAUACGACACAAUAUGGAUAGAUCCACAAAGUACAUUGUGGGAAGAUAAAUCUCACUUUGCCUCCAUUCCAGACAGCUCAAAAGCUGUUAGCAUGAAGCUGAUCCUGAGCUAUUAGUCCUUGCUGAGGGGCAGGGUGCAUUAGUCCAAAUUUAGUGCUGUGUUACAAUAGCUCUUCGCAGGCCUAAGGCUCAGAGAUUGCGCUUAUCUGCAUGUUUUGCUGUGCAGUUGUGUAUUAGCAGCAUGAUAUUGAAGUAAGGAAGAGAAUUCAGAGUCAGCAAAGAAAAGUUGACUGAUUAACUUCACACUUUGGUAACACUGGAAAAUGAAAAUCCACUUUAAAUAUGCAUUUUUACUUCCCUCUCUUUUGCAUUCUUCCCCAACUCAUAUUUCACAUCACAUGGCUUCUCCUUUGCCAUUCUGUCUAGCCUGAACUUACUGAUUUACUGUGGUUAUAAAGUGCUCUUCUAGCACUCAGCACAAAUUCUUGGCCUCACACCUAAUCACAUCAGUGUCUUCAGAGCUGCUUUUCUGUGCAGUGAUUGUCAUGAAGCAUUGUUUUUGUUCAGACAGCUGAUAGAAGAGGAAGCCAUAUGCAGGUUUAGUAACUGAAUAAAACAUCUGAGGGGGGAAAAAGUGCAGAGAACACUAAAAUAAAAUUCCACACAUCAGUGGAAGAAAAUAUCCAAGCACUGGAAAAUGUGGUGCAGUUGGCAGGUAAGAGGGUGAUUUUGAUAACAUCUGU